AUGACAGAGCGGAUUUCCCGCCCUCCCAGCAUAUUGCUGGAGCCACCGCCGAAAGGGGCUGAGCUGGAAGACCCCGGAGCACAAUCCCACUCAGAGAGCGAAGAUGAGCAUUUUUCUGAUGCUUCUGAAGGCAUAGUACCCCACUCUGGGUCUCGUUCUCGUUCUCCCUCGCCCAUCCCCAGAACCCGCGUAGAGAGAAUCGAUGAUGUCCCAGCUUAUGGUGAGACACCUGGUUCUCCUGCUUACGAGAAGAGAGAACUGGACGCUGUCCCAGACGAGAUCGAGAUUAUCGGCAGGGGCAUGCCCAGCAGACCAUCGUCAAGUGCAAGUGGAAGGGCCUCCUUAACCCCCGAUGCAGUUCAGAUUCCGCGGACCGUUGUCGAGAAAAUCGACCCGAGCUCACCCAGCUAUGGAGAGGAGCCAGGAACGCCAGCCUACGAAACUCACAAAGCAGAUUCUGCUCCGGAUAUGAUAUGGAAAAUUGGUGACCAAGGCCCUCGACUUUGGAAUGUGCCACCCGACCAAACAGGGCAGAGGGUAGAGGGUUUCCCCGUUCCAGAAACGUUACUUUCCCGUGUUGAAUCUCUCCCUGAAGACCACCCUCGUCGAGCAUUUAUUGCACACAAGAGGCACCCUAGUGAUGCAAUGCCAGAUACCAUCGUGACAGUGCCGGAUGUACUAGGAUCUCCAAACGCUUCACCGAGUAGAUCCGAACAUCGAAGUCACGUCCGGCGGAAAAGCUCCGUAGCAGAAAACCAGAGCUCUGAGAAUGAUGCUUCACAACAGCCUGCAGGAGACGGAUCUGACGAUCGACCUUUUGGUGAAGAUUUUGAUGACUUCGAGGAGGGGGAUAGAACCAUAGAUGAUGAUGAUUUCGGUGAUUUUGGUGAAGCAGCUUUUCAGGGACCAAUGGAGGUUAUCCAUGAGGGUGCGACUCAAACAGACAAUCAUCCCAUCCUACAACAACCUCCUCCACCUUCCUUUCCCCCCCUCAUUGACAUCGACUCCAUAAAAAACCUCCAGGACCUCCUAGGAGCAACAUCCAACCAUCUUGACACCUUAUUCCCCAGCUCCGCAAACCUCUCAUCUCUCCCCCCAGUCGAACCCUUCCCAGAUGCCUCCGCCAUCUUCAUCACAGACCGCUCUCUCUCCCUCUGGUCCCAACUCGUCGCCCCGCCCCCCCUCCAACCACCCAACUGGAUAAAAUCCCGCAUCCGUCGCCUCUUCCUCGUCUCCCUGGGCGUCCCUGUCGACCUAGACGAAAUCCUGCCCGCCUCAAAACAAAAAAAGCUCGUCCUCCCCUCCAUAAAUUUCGAGGGCAGCCCAUCGCCCUCCAACACGGCAACAGGCGGCGCCCCGUCCUCCGUCAGCAGAGUGAAAGCGGACGGCCAGGGACGCUCCUCGACAUCUCUCGACUCUGUCCGCUCUACAUCGCACACCCGCGCCCCACGACGUCGUGGGCCCCAACCACCUCCAGAAUUAGAUCUUUUGGCCGUCCGUCGUCUAUGCGCAACUACAGAUGCGGCUCUGGAUAACUUUACGGACGACGAGCUGAAGCAGCACAUCUCGCGACUGGAGGAGAUGACUCGGCGCGCCAGUGAGGUGUUGGAAUACUGGCUCAAGCGCCGUGAUGCGCAGAUUGGAGAGAAAGAAGCGUUCGAGGGCGUUAUUGAGAACUUGGUGAAACAUGCUCGGCAGGUGAGGAAGUAG